UAUGGAUUGCGGAAGGGCUCCUAAAGGUAAAGGGAAUGGAGGGAUUGGAAGAAGUGACUGCUAGUCAUUUAGACUAUCUUAUUUAUAAAAGUCUUGUUAUAGUUAGCAAGCGAAGUUUGGAUGGUAAAAUCAUGACAUGUAUGAUUCAUGAUCUUGUUCAUGAUUUCUUGUUGAGAGAAUCCGACAGCCAGAGUCUUUUGUGUGUUGAAACUACCAAAACUAAAGGACUCGGAUGGGUUUCUCCUCAAGGUUGUAGGUGGGUAUCAAAACAAAUUCGUCCGGGUUAUGGUCGCCAUCAAUUCCAUGAUCCUUCUUAUAGCAAAUUACGUUCCUUUUCUAUCCACCAAUCUGGUCUGUUCCUUGAUAUAGAAAGCUUUCCGUUCAAACUUCUUAGGGUAUUGGACUUGGAGUAUUUUACAAAUAUCCGUUUUCCCGAAGCUAUACUAGACCUAGUUCUUUUAAGGUAUUUGGCAUUGAAGAUUAGGAAGUCUGGAAAAUUACCAAUUUCUAAACUUCUGAAUUUACAAACUCUCACUGUUCGUCCACAUCCAAUAUACACUAGUUUAUGGAAAAUGUACUCCUUACCAAAUGGAAUUUGGAAAUUAUCUCAGUUAAGGCAUCUCCAUUGUUGGUGUAUGUAUUUGGCCUCUCCUCAGACGACAUCAGAAAAUGAGGUGAAGAACUUGGUUUUGGAAAACUUACAAACUGUUUCUGGGUUGAGACCUUCUUGUUGCACCAAGGAAAUAUUUGAAGGGAUUAAGAAAGUGAAGAAAUUGGAAAUUGCUGGCAAAGCAGAGGAAUUUCAUAGUGAAAAGGGAUGGCAUAAUAAUCUUAAAUAUUUAGAAGAGCUCGAAGCACUAAAUGUUGAAGUUCUGCCCUAUAGUGACUUUGAGCCAUGUUUAAUAAAUCUAAGUCCAGGUUCUUUCCCACCAAAUCUCAAGAAGUUAACACUUAGCGGUACUUGUAUUCCAUGGAACUGCAUGAACAUUUUUAGCAAGUUGCCCAAUCUCGAGGUGCUCGAAUUGAAGGAGGAUGCCUUCUCAGGCGAUGAGUGGGAAAUAACAGAGAUGGGAUUCCCUAAAUUGAAGUUUUUACUCCUUGAGUAUUUGUUUCUUAAAUAUUGGACAGCCACCGAUGAUUAUUUCCAAUGCCUUGAGCGUGUAUACAUCAGAGAUUGCGUAUACUUACAAGAGAUCCCAGAAGGAUUUGCAGAUAGUGUGACGCUGCAGCUAAUUGAGUUACAUAAUUGUCGUCAUCCUCUUGUGACUUUUGCGGAGCAGAUCCAGGAAAAGCAUGAGGAAUUGGGAAACAACAUGCUUAAAGUUUACGCCUUUGAUUCAAGGCCAUCUUGGAGAUUUUUCUUUAAUAGGUUAGAUUCAGAAAGCCUGGCCUUUGAGAAGAAGCGGAGAAAGAUUCAAGGAACAUGCAGAUGAAGAUACAGAGGAGAUGUAAUUUAUGCCUGCUAUAUGCUUUGUGUUCUCUUUGCUGCUUUUUCUUUAAAACUUUCAUGUCAUUUCUCUAGCAAGAAAUGUGGUGAUGUUUUGCUCAAAACUUCUCAGAGAUCAAAAUGUGCUCUUGUAAUAAUGUGUGGGAUUCAUAUUCAUAUUUAGCAUGUCUGAACGGGUAUUUAGAGAUCAUUCCGACAAUGUUUUGUUGUUUUCAAAUGUUAUAUCAAUAGUCUGCUGGAGUUAUUUAUGUCUUUCCUAAUAGGUUCA